ACUCCACCCACAAGAUUCUUGAGCGCAGACACGCCCUCCAAAGCCUCUUGCAAUUAUUUAUCCUCCAGGGACAUGUGCACUAACCAUGACGGAAUCUAGGCCUGAUCCCCCCUCGCGAGGGUCUCCCAAACCAUUACCUGCGAAAGGCCCAACUCUUGCAGACAACCCGUAUAAUCCUAACUCUGCGGCAUACUUGGCCUACCCCGUCAAACAUGUCGUUUCCAGUCUCUACAGACGCAUGACCGAGCCACCCGAUAACCCCGUUGGCAAACUCCUCGAUGCUCCUACUGUGUCGUCCCGGUCAGGCUUCUACACUCCGCCUCUCCGGACGCAGUCCCCAUUCCAACCUCCUCCCCUCACACCUCUCGAAUUGAGACACAACCUCACCCCCCGGGCGGCAGAUGCCCUCCUCCUGACACGAUCUCUCGCCGAGGAGAUUCGGUUACUUCUUCCCCCAAGAUUACAAUUGCUAGACCACUGGAAGUUGGCAUAUUCAUUAGAGAUUCAUGGCUCAUCGUUGGCCACGCUUUAUGAGCACUGCGCCAAUGCAUCCGUUCUCUCACAACGCUCGGGCUACAUUCUUAUUGUUCGCGAUGGAUCGAACGCUGCUGAAAACGGAUCAGUGUUUGGCGCAUACCUUUCGGAUGUUCCUAAGCCUGGGCUACACUACUUUGGCACAGGCGAAUGCUUCUUAUGGCGAGCCAGCAUUCUGCCCACAAUCCGUGAUUUCUCUGCACAGUUCAAGGAUGGGGCAACUGGAGUUUCUGAGGACCUCUUGGAACUAGCUGGACUGCCACCUCCACCAAGUGCCGACACCACGCAUUUGCAGCGAGUCACAACGAUUCGAGCGGAGCGACGCAGCUCCUCGGCAUCUUCACCCACCUCCCCUUCGAGCAAAGUCAAGGAUCUCUCGUCGCGGCUACAGCCCACGGCCGAAGUGCCAGGCAUUAGCACACCAGAUCGAAUCAGAUUCAAGGCAUUCCCAUACAGUGGCAUCAACGAUUUCCUCAUCUAUUGCCAAGCGACUUAUCUGUCUGUUGGCGGUGGGGAUGGUCACUACGGGCUCUGGUUAGACGACGAUCUUGACCAUGGAAUCAGUGAAUCAUGUCCGACAUUUGGGAACGAACCCUUGAGUGAAGAGGGCCGAAAGUUUGACAUUGUGGGCGUCGAGGUCUGGUAUGUAGGGGCGUGAUCAGGAUCAGCACCCACCAAUAUUUUACCCCCAACUUUGAAGUUUCUGGUGUCAGUCAAAUUCCAGAGGCUCACAAAGCCCGGCUUCUGUCAGCCCCAAGCUUAUGGCGACCUGUUUCAGAUUACGAGGAUACCUUGUAGUUCUAUCACUGUUACCCAUCACGAGGCUAGAGCACGCUGGCAGCAUCCAGAUAAGUCAACACCCGCGUAUGAAGAUAUUGCCGGCCCCUUUGUUAUCUUCUUGGCGAUACUAUAUUCCUGCCUAACUAGCCAUCAGAGUGGCUGGAGGCCUGGGAAACAGGGUCUGGGCUAUGCAGACCCGUUGGGAGAGGAAGCUUUAAACCUGGGGCGAAAGAAAGCUGAUCAACACUCAUCAACACUCGCACAUGUCUCGGCAAUCUUUGGUUGAAAGCGAAGUUGACGUGGACUCCGAACGUUCACAGUAAACACUCGAGGUUGUCAUCAGUGGAUAUUUUCAGUAUCAUGAUGAAUUGUCGACAUCGAUUGAAUGACAGGCCGUGGUGAAGGGAGGAUUACGUGUCGCACAAACAGGGUAAAUGCAAGGAAGGUGCGUUGGAAGCAAUGAAGACUGCAUCGCUAUGUGUUCUUGCGUGAGAAUGGAAAGUGAUGUCAAUACUGUGCGGCAGACCAGAUUCAUCAGGUUGGUGUUGAUUCAAGGCGUCUGAUGCAACGUGACACUGCAUUGACGACGGAACGACACGUAUUGAUAGGGCAAUCGUGACGCCAUCGCUUGCUCGAGAGCACCUGCUAUAAACAGACCUCUGCAUUUUCCUCAAUCGGUUGCAGACACCAUGGCUCAGGCACGAUCUGUCAAGAGCCAGGAGCCAGGAGCCAGGAGCUGGGAGCUGGGAGCUGGGAGCUGGGAG